UUCAAGAUUGAACAUGAUUAAUUUCUGUCAUAUUACUUUCUUCCUGCUCAUUGCAGGAGCACAGGCCCUUCCAACUUGCUCAUAUGAUGUCUGUGCAAAAGGAGGAAUGUGGACGGAAUGGGCAACUACAAAGCCAUGUCCAACAAAUUGUGGAUCUUGUGCAAAGAUUUUGUACACGAGGAAGUGCCUAUCCACAAAUAUUCCAAACUGUGCAUGUGUAGGUGACACAACUCGUUACAUUCCAUGCAAUACAAAAACUUGCGUCUAUCCUGCUCAACGUACAUGUUGUAUUCCCUAUGUACCAAUGAUUAUAAAUGGAACCUCCCAAUGUGGUCCAUUUCCGAAAGACACUGGAAGAUCAAGUGAAGCACCGUGUUGUCCAAAAGAUGGAUUCUGGUCAGAUUGGAGUGCGUAUAAACCCAAUUCAAACAACACUGCAUAUGUAAGAUCACGGAAAUGUUUAUCGGGACCUAGUGGAUGUCCAUGUGUCAAUCCAACUACAACAAUGGAAACAAGAACAGAUUGUCCCUGCAGAAAAUUGGUUGAAGUAGGAGAACAAGUGAAGAAAACUAUCCGUUAUUUCCCAAUGAAUGUGGUUUACACUGAUAAAAGUUGCACAGCAUACCAAGAUUUGAAAGCUUUCAAUGAAGGUAAAGGAGAACGUCCAUGUAAUCCCUGGGAAAAAUACCCAUAUGCUUCAGUAAUCCGAUACGUGAGACCAGACGGCACAAUUGGAGAAGAGCGAAUGUCAGACUGUGUGUCAGGUGGAGAUCAGAGAGCAACAGUAUUUUGCGAUACGACAACUCUAUAUUAUCGGCUUGAUAUAAAUAACGACGAGAUUAUCGGAUUCAGUCAGCUUAAUAUUCUUGAGUGAAUUUCUCGGAAUAUAACUUUAAUGAAUUUCAACAUUUUUUGGUUUUUAUUUUUCACAUUAUAACAUUGCACAAAAUUGAAAAGUUCCUAGGUAUUCAUAUAAUUUUGUUAGAUUUUUCUACAUUUUUCUAAUUGUUACUAACAAUCAUAAAAUAAAACAUAUAGAUUAC